AUGUCGUCGUCGACAGAACCACGAGGCUCUGGCUCUGAGCCCUUCUGCGCUCAUCCCGGCGCAGGCGCAGGUGGCGGCCUGCCCAGCCGCAGCCCCAGUCACAGCGACGGAAACCACAAGAGUGGCAGUGCCACAGCCAGCGGAUCACCCCAACCGCCGGUCGCAUCCACACCCGCUUUCCCCGAGGCACCAAAGUCGCCCCAACAGAAGGACCCCUGCGCAUCCGCAUCGACAGCCGCGUCCCCCUCGAGCCGCUCUAGGCCUACCGUCGUGUCCGGAUCGAGCGCAUCCAGCCGCUCCUCAUCGGCCAACUCGAGCAGGAGAAACACGCCCGCUCGGAUUGGCGAACCAGCAGCCGCCCUCGGCGAGUCCGCUCGUCGUCGCCUGCCGCUCGGCGGCAUAGCACUGCCCGGAGGCGGCUUCGUACGGGCCCCGGACCCAGACAGGCAACGGGCCGCCAGGCUGGAAGCAGCGCAUGCCGCUCGCGCAGCCUGGGCCGAGCGAGCAGCCCAGCCACGGCCGCCAUCGAGACCUCGCGAAGCGGCUGGCGGCGCAGAGCCCAUCGUGCUCGAGAUCAGCAGCGACGACGAAGAGUAUGCGCCGCGCUCGGCAACCUCCGGCAGCCCAGCUUCUGCGUCUUCGUCCCCGGCCAUCUCCCGCGCCGUCGCUCGAGCCGAGAGACCUGUCUUCGGUGCCACUGCCGAUGCGCGCACCGGCGACUAUGCGAGCGCGACUGAUCGAGACCGCGAACGGCACCGCGCCGCUCGCGCGACUCGGGACGGCAGCGUGUCGAGCGACGAGUCGGACGGGGUGAUCGAUCUCUCGGUGUCGACACAGGCCACACCCGCGCAGCGCACCAUCACCAAGUAUCGCCUCCGCAACUCGAAGCUGACCAUGCCGCAGCGAUCGCCUCCACGAACCAAGCCUCCUCCUAUUGAGCAUCCGCUGGCUUCGACCUUCACCUGCCCCAUCUGCCUCUGCCCACCGGCCAAGGCUAGCAUCACCCCGUGCGGCCACGUCUUCUGCGGCGGCUGCCUCUUUGACGCGCUCAAGGCGCAAGCCCGUCAGCGCGAAGCCAACAACGCGGCGGCGACGGUCGGGCCUCAGGGCUGGGGCAUGGGCUUGUUCGGCGCCGCCGCGAUGGUGGGUGGCGCUUUUGGGGGCGCUGGCGGUGGUGGUGGAGGAGAGGAUGGCGGGGGAGCGGCAGGUGGCGAUGCGGCAGCAGGGCUGGGCGGAGGCAGGGCGGGCGGCGGACGUGGUCGGGGAAGAGGCGGCCAACGCGAUCCGCUGGCUGGCCACUGUCCCGUCUGCCGCGCAGACAUCAAGGGCGCCUUUGGCGGCAUCGCCAAAGGCGGCAUCGUGGGCGUGCGCCUCAUGGUCGGCAAACCAGUCGACGACCCUCGGAUGGAGGAUGGGCAGUUGAAAGGCGGCGGAGCGGGCGGAGGCGAGGAAGAGGACAAGACAAGCAGCGAGUCCGAGAUCGAGCCGGUGUCGCCUCAGCACGUUGCGGCCGGCACAGAGGCGCCGGGAAUGGCCGGGCUUGGCGACCUUGGGUCCGGAUCGUCGAGGGCAUCGGGUAAACGCAAGAGGGUGGCCGACAUUCAGUCAUCGCUGGGCGAAGGUGGCGGGGAAGUGUCGGUGCUCAAUACGCCGUCAAAGAUGCGAAAACGGAACGAUGGCGCAGUGGACGCGGCCGAGGGGGACCAGGUCGACGCAGACGGGGAAGAGGUCAUCUAG